AUGGCCGAGGAAUCAGCAGCUAUGGUCAUACCAGAAGAAACAAUUAAUGCUGUAACAAAUAUUAAUGAGCAUAAGGGGCCAACAUGGUUAGUAGAGAAAAUCGAGCAUGCUGAAAGCAUAGCUCUUAAUCGCCCAUCACAUCAAACUAUUUUGAGUAUUUACAGGGUUCCUCAUUCGCUUAGGGAAUUGAACAAAGAAGUUUACACACCUCAAGUUAUUUCAAUAGGGCCUUUUCACUACCGCUCGCAAAAAUUACAAUCCAUGGAAAUUUAUAAACUGAGAUAUUUCAGGAGUGAUAAUUUGAGGCAAAUUAUCUUGGUGGAUGCGACCUUUAUCAUUGAGUUUUUCUUGAGAGCUUGGUCAGAAGAAUUUUUGGGAGAUGACGACUCUAUAGAAGCAGAGCCAUGGGCGCUGCUUUCUAGGAUAGAAUCUGACUUGAUAUUACUUGAGAAUCAACUUCCUUUCUUUAUAAUCGAGAAAUUAUAUGAACUGCUUCCACUCGAUCAGUCUCCUUCAAUAUACCCAUCUAGCUUCCUCGAGCUUACCUUUAACUUCUUUGAAAAUCAGAACGUUCAAAACAUACGUCAUGAUGAGAUAGAUUCAGAAGAAGUAAUGCACUUUGUUGAUUUGUUGAGAUACUUUUACUUGCCUUGUCACCAAAUGCUCCCAGCAAGAAGUGGGAAAGCAGUUAACGAAAUUUACUGUGCCUCCCAACUGGCUGAGGCAGGAUUGAAGUUUAAGCCAAGUUCAAGCAGAUCCAUAAUUGACCUAAAAUUUAACGAGGGAGUGCUGGAAAUCCCAAGAUUUACAUUACGCCAUGACACGGAGAUUUAUGCUCGGAACCUCAUCGCCUUGGAGCAAUGUGUCUAUCAAUUUGAAAGAUAUGUUACUGAUUAUUUUAUAAUGUUAGAUUUCCUUAUCAAUACAGGCAAAGAUGUGGAUUUACUUAUUCAACAGGGGAUCCUUGUGAAUGAAAUGGGCACCAACAAUAUUAGACCACCUUUCGCCGGCAAUUUGUGCACAGUAAUUCUGAAGAGUAGCUUGAAACAUGAUUAUUUUCGCACACCUUGGAUGGGUGCUGUUACCAUUGGUGCUAUUAUCUUGUUGAUUUUCACUCUCAUACAAACUGUUUGUACUGUCAUUUCGACAUUCAAGUAGAGUGAAAU